AUGGCUCAGAAAUGUGCGAUUGGUUUGAUGUCAGCUCUAGCAGCUGCCGCGUCUCUCUCGAAAUCGAAUAUCGCAUCUGCGGACAGACCUCUCAACUUCUCUGGCUUCUCCACUUCUCCGACUCCUCAGGCUCACCAGGGCUCUUCUACUCAGCCGACACCUGGAUCUGGGAAAGAAUCUUCUGUUUCUAGCGAAGAUUCCGAUGCUCCUCCGCGGAUUCGCAACGAUAAUCCGAGAACGACUUCCGAUGGGUUCGAUCCCGAGGCGUUGGAGCGAGGUGCAAAGGCCUUGAAGGGGAUUAACAACUCAGCUCACGCCAAAAAAGUAUUUGAAAGUAUUAAGACACAAGAAGAGACGAGGCAAGCUGAGUUUACUGCUAAGGCUCAAGAGUUUAAAGCUUUGCAAUCCCAAGCUGAAGCUAUUCCUGGUUGUAAAGUUAUGAGAGGCAAAGGGUUACAUACGAGGAACAGAAGAAACUUGCUCAGCACCAAGCACAAACUAAAGCACAGAUGGCUCGCUAAGAAUGAAGCCCAGAGAACAAGAAAUCAAGAACUUGUGAAGAUGCAAGAAGAAUCAGCAAUCAGGAGGGAAGUAGCUCGACGAGCUACCAAGGAAGAGAUUCAAGCUCAGAGGCGACAAACGGAGAGGGAGAAAGUUGAGAUUGAACGCGAGACUAUCAGGGUCAAAGCUAUGGCUGAAGCUGAAGGGAGAGCCCGUGAAUCUAAGCUCUCUGAAGACGUCAACAAGAGAAUGCUUGUUGAUCGUGCAAAUGCAGAAGAGAAAAAUGGGCGUGUGUCUUUCUCAAUAGGUGGGUUGCGUAUGAUUCUAACGGAUCAAAAUAAGCUGGUUGUUGCUGUUGGAGGUAUCACUGCUCUUGCAGCUGGGAUCUACACAACGAGAGAAGGUGCCAAGGUUAUCUGGAGUUACGUGGACAGAGUCUUAGGGCAACCUUCUCUAAUUAGAGAAUCAUCGAGGGGGAAGUACCCUUGGUCUGGUUCGAACAGCUAG